UGAGCAUUGACAUUUAAUUAACCCAUUGUGCAACAUUGAUUCAGCUGGGUACUUAGGGGAAGUCCGUUUGGAAGUCCUCGAAAUCAUUUAUUCAUCUAUUUUCUCUAUUGAUUUCUAGUUGUCAUAACAGCAUCACGCCACACAGCGUCGCAUCACAUCGAGCCGUCCGGGAAAAUGAGUUAUAGAAUAUUCGCUAUACCUCGUCUGUAUAGAGGAAUAACUGGCGUUGCGGUUGCUAGUACUGGAUUUGGAUUAUACUACACGUAUAUGAGGAGUGUUGUUCAGGCCGACUCAGGGGCCCCUAAGCCCGCCUUCGGUUCCGGCCCAGCAUUUUUAUCUCUAGAGCUUGAAAGCACCGAAGCCAUAAACCACAAUACCAAGCGACUACGUUUUAAGCUACCCUCGCCAGAUAAUGUCAGUGGGCUGACUUUAACUUCCGCUCUCCUAACCUUCUCAUGGCCUAAGGGACAUACACUUCCAGUGUUGCGGCCCUAUACCCCUAUUAACUCCUUAGAUGAGCAAGGCGCCAUAGAGCUCCUAGUGAAGAAAUACCCAAACGGCAAGCAAAGUACACACAUACAUUCAUUGCAGCCGGGGGAUUCACUGCGCUUCAUUACACGUCUGCCGGGAUAUAAAUGGCUACCGAAUAAGCACCCGGAGAUUACCCUCAUCGCCGGAGGUGCCGGCAUCACCCCCGUGUACCAACUCAUCCAAGGCAUCUUGCAGAACCCGGAAGACCGCACCAAGAUCACACUGGUAUUCGGAGUUAACACAGACGCCGACUUACUUCUGAAGAAGGAACUGAGCGAGUACGAGGCUCGCUUCCCGGGUCGCUUCAAAGCGGUAUAUACAGUCAGCCAGCCCGUGACUGGAUCGCCAUUCCGACAGGGCUAUGUCACGAAAGAGCUACUCAGCGAGGUAGCACCCCCGUCGAGCGAUUCUAAGGUCUUCGUCUGCGGCCCGCCCCCGAUGGAGAACACCCUUGUUGGUAGUAAACGAAAGCCGGGGGUACUGGAAGAACUUGGUUAUCGGAAGGACCAGAUCCAUAAGUUCUGAGCGAAUAGACUAAUUAAAAGAGAUAUCCUGUCGUGGUAAAC